AUGGAAUUCUUACCCUUCCUUUUGUUUUCAACAAGUUUCAUUCUCUUUCUCAUACAAAUUCUAAAAGCAAGAAAAAAAAUAUCAAAGGUCACAAACAAGGCACAAAAAAACCUACCACCUGGUCCAUGGAACCUUCCAAUCCUAGGAAGCAUCCACCACCUUAUUGGCUCUCUACCUCAUCACCGUUUGAAACAUCUCUCCAAAAUCCAUGGCCCUAUCAUGCACCUUAAACUAGGCGAAGUAUCAACCAUAGUAAUAUCUUCACCAAAAUUCGCCAAAGAGAUUCUCAAAACCUAUGACUCAAUCUUUGCUCAAAGACCACAUCAAAUAGGAGCAGACAUCAUGUGUUACGGUUCCACCGACAUCGCGACGGCACCGUACGGAAGCUAUUGGAAACAACUAAGAAGACUAUGUUCACAAGAGCUUCUUUGUACAAAACGUGUGAGAUCGUUUCAAUCCAUUAGAGAACAAGAAGUAUCUGGUUUAAUAAAACAUAUUUCUAAUAACAUUGGAUCAUGCAUUAACGUAAGUGAAAAAGUUACAUGCAUGACAAGUGCAAUAACUUCAAGAGCUGCUUUUGGUAAAAUAUGUAAAGAUCAACAAGAGUUUCUUUUGUUGAUUAAGAAACUUGUGAAACUUGCGGAAGGUUUUAUUGUGAUUGAUUUGUUUCCUUCUCAAAAGUGGUUGCAUGUGAUUAGUGGAAUGAAGCCUAAGUUGGAGGAGUUGCAUAAAAAAUUUGAUAAUAUUAUUGAAAAUAUCAUCAAAGAGGCUGUGAAAAAGAGUUAUGAUGAAGGAGAGACAGUAGAGGGGUUUCUUUCUGUUCUUCUUAGGAUUAAAGAUCAUGAUGAGGCUCUUGAGUGUCCUUUAACAAUCGAUAACAUCAAAGCUGUUAUUUUGGACAUGUUUGUUGCUGGAAGUGAUACAUCAUCUGCAAUCAUAGAAUGGGCCAUUUCAGAAAUGCUGAAAAAUCCAACAGUGAUGAUCAAAGCUCAACAAGAAGUAAGACAGCAUUUUGGCAGCAAAGGAUACAUUGAUGAAACAUCUCUUCAAGAACUGAAAUAUCUAAAAGCAAUCAUCAAAGAGACACUGAGAUUGCACCCUCCUUUCCCUCUUCUUCUCCCAAGAGAGUGCAGAGAAACUUGCGAGAUUAAUGGAUACACCAUACAUGCAGGAAACAAAGUUAUCGUAAAUGCAUGGGCGAUUGGAAGAGAUCCUGAGUAUUGGAGUGAAGCGGAGAGGUUUAUUCCAGAGAGGUUUUUGGAUUGUGCAAUUGAUUAUAAAGGUUCCAAUAUGGAAUAUAUACCGUUCGGUGCGGGAAGGAGAAUCUGUCCGGGGAUUUUGUUUGGUGUGUCGAGUAUCGAACUCGCUCUUGCAGAACUUGUUUACCAUUUUAAUUGGGAACUUCCUAGUGGAUUGACGUUGGAAAAUCUAGAAAUGACCGAAGCUUUGAGCUCCUCGUCGAGAAGGAAAAAUGAUCUGAUACUAGUUCCUGUUUCUUGCUACAAUCCUAUGUGA